AUGUCAGCAAGAGAUCAGAGGUCACUCAUUCAAAGACACAGAGGGAAACUUGUAUUUACCCUCACAAUGGUCUCUGGUUUUGUUAUGACAACUUCUAUGCUUAUUUACUGCCUCAAGACUUGGCUAGUGAGACAACAGAGACGAUUCAACGAGGAACGGUUUAUAAAGGAGCAGAUCAAACGGAGGUUUCAAAUUACUCAGGAGGAUUCUCUCAUAACAGUUUAUGAGUUGCUACCAGUGGUAUCCAUGGUAUUGAAUGAUAAUGACAUGGAUUUAAAUGGUAUAUUUGGCGCUUUAAAGGAGAAGAAAAAUUACAACGGUAAUAGUGAUACCAUGAGUUAUAGUACUGCUACCGCUGUGGGAUCAGAUGUUCCAGCUACAAAGACUAAAGCAGAACUAUGGAGCGAUUUGAAAGUAAAGAGUUUAAUUAAAGUCGUGACGACGUCUUAUGUGAUGUCUUCGCUACUAUUACUGGCCAAGCUGCAAUUGAACAUGUUAACAAGACGGGAGUAUCUUGAUACAGCGCUACGCUCUCAGAGGAUUGAGAAUCAGAAGUCAAAUAACUCGAGUUUUCUGCAAUGGGUUACGUCUACAAUCAUAUCAAGCGUACGAAUCAGUGAUAAUGAUCUAGAGGAUGACACUAAUAAAGUCGAUCAAGUUACAUAUAUCAACGAACAAGCAUUUUUAUCUCUCUCAUGGUGGCUAUUAAAUCGUGGCUGGUUGAAAUAUCGUUCAAUCGUCGAGAGAGAAAUUGAUGCUCAAUUUAAGGAUCUUGGGCCUAAGGAUGUAUUGACUUUGAAAGAAUUCAGUACAAAACUCAAUGAAGUUUUCUACAAGAUAAAUUUAGAAACUUUGGAUGGUUUAUCUAAUAUACUUUUACCGGAAGAAAAAUUGGAAUCUUUCGUAUUGCAGCAAACGCUGGACAGUGGUUCUUUCAAUGUCCUUGCCAAUGGGCAGAAUAUAGUGCUGAAAAGAUUAAUAAACGAAACCCAGAAUUAUUUGAAAAGCAAUGUUUCCAAAAUCAUAAUGGAACAACUAAUAAAUGAGUCAUUUCAAUACAUAAUGAACUCAACAGAAGACAAGAUUAAGUCCAAGAAGAAAGAAAGUGAUGGUAAAAAUCAAAUAGCACUCAUUUCAAUAUGCCUAAAAGAUGUGUGUAAUGAAAUGCUUGUGAACGGUAACCUUUCCAUCAACAAUGCAUAUCUGAAUCAAUUGAAUGCAAUCAACGAGCUGAAUGAUCUAUGUGUCAGUGUUUAUAGUAAUUUCAUGCUCUAA